CUCUUCUUGGCUGAGAGUAUACUACUAUAUUGUCAAGCACAGGGAGUGGUGGGAAAGAGGAAAGACAGUCCUGGUGGUCCCAAGGAGACCCUUCUCUCAGGGUGGAGGGCUUAGUAGUGAGGGAUUUCAACCUCAGGCAUGCUCAGAUGUGGUGCAAUUUAGACUGAUGUUGAAGAACAUAUAAGAAUGCUACAGACUGACUGUGGUGGUGCAUGCCUGGAAGCCCAGCAGCUCAGGAGGCCGAGGCAGAAGGAUUGCAAGUUAGAGGCCAGCCUCAGCAACUUAGCAAGACCCUGUCUCAAUAAAAAGCACCUUCUGGCCCCACAGAAGCAGCCUACAUGCCAGUCUACAAAUGCCCGAAAAAGUCAGAGCCCCUGUGGAAGGGGUGGGACCAGAAGGCCCAGAAGAACGGACCGAGGCACCAGGUGUACGCUGUGAAUGGUGACCACUAUGUGGGCGAGUGGAAGGACAACACAAAACAUGGGAAAGGAACACAGGUCUGGAAGAAGACUGGAGCCAUCUAUGAAGGGGACUGGAAGUUUGGAAAGCGAGAUGGCUAUGGCACCUUCAGCCUUCCUGACAAAGGAAGUGCGAAGUUCAGGAGAGUCUACUCCGGCUGGUGGAAAGAGGAUAAGAAAUCCGGCUAUGGGAUCCAGUUUUUCGGACCCAAGGAGUAUUACGAGGGCGAGUGGUGUGGCGACCAGCGCAGCGGGUGGGGCCGAAUGUACUACAGCAACGGAGACAUCUAUGAGGGCCAGUGGUGGAAGGACAAACCCGACGGGGAAGGCAUGCUGCGCCUGAAGAAUGGGAAUCGCUACGAAGGUUACUGGGAGAGAGGCAUGAAGAAUGGACAAGGGCGUUUCUUCCACCUGGACCGUGGUCAGCUGUUUGAAGGCUUCUGGGUGGAUGAUGUGGCCAAGUGUGGCACCAUGAUCGACUUUGGCCGUGAUGAAGCCCCUGAGCCAACUCGGUUCCCUAUUCCUGAGGUCAAACUUCUAGACCCUGAUGGUGUGCUGAAGGAGGCCUUGGCCACGUUCCAGAAGUCAGAAAACCAAGAAGGAGAUUGAUGCCAGGUGAGGAAGUGGCCACGACUGACACCCUUUGAAGAGGCUGAGGCAGCUCCAGGGACCAGAACGAUGCACAGGUGGUCUGGGGUCUCCAAAGAGCUGCAGGGCAAGACCAGAGAAGGCAAGGCGCUUGCCUCCUGUGGUCCAGGUGGUCCUUUUGGUUCCUCCCCUUCAAAACCCAUUUCUCCAAAGACCAGUGCAUUUGGGCCCUGCCUGAAUCUUCCCUCUUGCAUGCUGGGCUUGCCAGGUGGGCACUGGGCUGGAGUCAGGUGGCUCACUCACUCCUAAAGGCCCUUGAAGUGAGGUGGUGGGUCCCAAGCCUCCAAUGGGGCCUUGGCUGUCGCCUCUCCUGGGGUGGGUGUAAGUGAGGCUUGAGGAGAGGGUAGUGUGUCUUUCAAAUGCCAGCUCCAUGUCCCCCUCACCCCCGCAGAGAGUGCCAAGGCUCAGGAGAAACUCAAGCCCAUGUCACCCAACUGCUCAGACCGGUGCAGCUCCUGCUGGAGGAGUGAGCAGCGACUCUGGGCAUGCCCUUGGCACCCUCAAAGGGCACCUCAGUCCUCCCAGUAUUAGGUCAUUUUUUGCCCAUGGGGGACCAGUGCUUCCCUCCCCAGCUGGCCUUUGGGACUGUCAUUCAGGCCUUCAUCCUAUGACUUCAUCAUUGAGUGCACGAGAAUAAAGAACCUGGUGGCCUUAGCCCAGGGUCUGUGGUAUGAGGAGGGGUGGGAGGGCUCAGAGAGAUGUCGGGCAGAGGAGAGCACGGCAGCCUCACGGUUGAAUGAAUUUCUCUGGGCGGAGAAAAGCAGACAACUCCUGGUCUCUGACCUCUCAGACAGUCAGUCCAGAGAGGAGAGUGAGCCUGCAUCCUACCACACUGGCCACCAAGAUUUGGUAUUAAAGCCUGACCCACCUUCUCAUCGUCACACAGGAGCUCUCAAUCUUGGAAUCCCAUGGAAACAUUAAAAGCUAUCGACAGCCUGGUGCAGUGGCACACACCUGUAACACAGCAACUUGGGAGGCUGAGGCGGGAGGCUGAGGCAGGAGGAUCUCAAGUUUGAGGUCAGCCUCAGCAACUUAACAAGACCCUGUCUCAAAAUAAAAAUAAAAAGGACUGGGGGUAUAGUUCAGUGGUGAAGCACCCAUGGGUUCACUUCCCAGUACUUAAAUAAAUAAGUAAAUUAAUAAAAGCUAUGGAUGCCAGAUUCCAUUCCCAGAUUCCCAUUUACCAUGGGACCUAAGCAUUCAGUUCUCCAGGGGUGUCUGAUGUGGAGCUGGAGACAAGAACCCCUGACUUACUGACCAUGGAUCCCUAAGCUAGUGGUCUUAGUUGUUCUAUCUGUAAAAUGGAAUUCAGAGGCUUCAUAGGAGUGUUUGGAGGCCCUGGUGCAAUAGCAUGUAUUGAAGUUAACUUUGGACCACAUGCCCGGGAAGAGUUCUGCAGAAUUCUAAGGCAGCAUUCCUGAGUGAUAAGAGGGACUCUUGCUUAAUGCACCCUGGAGACAGCCUGCCUGGGUGUGAGUCUCAGGGUUGUGCCUUCUUGGGAGUGUCACCCAAACUCUUGGUUCUCUGGGUUUCCUCACUUGUAACCUGGGUUGUACCCACCAGGGUUACUGUGGUUAGUCACUUCAAGGAUGGAACUAAGCAGUGGUUUCAGACCUGGUGGGAUUUUUAUCCCCAGCACCUCAGACAUUUGGUAACAUCUAGAGACGUUUUUAGUUGGCAUGAUUUGUGAAGCAUGCUACUGGGAUCUGGUGGGUAGAGACGGUAGCCCAGGUCGACAGUGUCUCAGUGGAGAAGCCCUGAAAUUCAAUGAUGUUUGUAAAGCCCUCAGGAAGAGCCAGGCACGUAGUGAAGCUCAGUAAAGGUGCUCUAUGCUCCCCGAACCCUACGUGGCUUGACCCAGGGUGUGGUUGUCUAUGUGGGGCAUCACAGUCAAGGCUGGCCAUCACGGGUACAGAAUCAACUGCCAGAUGCAGAGUGUUUACCCUGUGCCCAGUCUUGUGUCCACAGCUUCCUGUGCCUCCUCUCCAGUGACUUUCCCCAGAUCUGUGUUGUCCUGCUAUUAUUAGUUCCAUUUUGGAAGAGGAAACUGAGGUUCAGGGAAGCUCAUAGGUCAUCAAGCUAGUACUGUGCCUAAACAUGAAUCUGCUGUGAAGGUAGGGGAGAGUGUGUACAGGUUAUCAUUUUGUUUUAGAAAAAGCAGGAGGAGGGGAAUGUGUAUAUAUCUAAAAUAUUGCUAGGUGGGAGCAAAAACUGGUGACAAUGGUUAUCUCUGGGGAGAACUAAGGAUCUGGGAACAGGCAUGAGAGCAACUUUUCACUGUUAUAUUUGGAACCCUUUGAAUGUAUUAUCUGCUGUAUUCGAAAUAUAAAUAAAAUUAUAACU